ACACUCACACACACUGUAUACUAUACCACAACUACAAAAGAAAGCGAAGCUAAAACCCCAUAAUCUCAUUCAUUUUGAUCACUCACUCACACCCUUCACACCCGGUGGCAAAUUCGUAAAUAUGAAGACGUGGACCGUCCCGUCCGUUGUGUUCCUUCUGUGCCUUCUCUUUCUUCUCCCAGAUCAAGGGAGGAAGUUACAUGCUAGCGCUGAAGGUGAUUCAGAGGAGUUGGUGGAUCCGCCGAAGGUUGAAGAUAGAUUAGGCGCGGUGCCUCAUGGUUUAUCCACUGAUUCUGAUGUCGCGAAGAGGGAGGCUGAAUCAAUGUCGAGGAAAACACUCCGCAGUAAUGCGGAGAGGUUUGAGUUUCAGGCUGAGGUUUCUCGGCUUAUGGACAUUAUUAUCAAUUCCCUAUAUAGUAACAAAGAUAUUUUCUUAAGGGAGUUGAUUUCCAAUGCCUCUGAUGCACUGGAUAAGAUUAGAUUCCUUUCACUCACUGAUAAGGAGGUACUGGGUGAAGGUGAUACUUCCAAGCUUGACAUCCAGAUUAAGUUGGACAAAGAAAAGAAAAUACUUUCAAUUCGUGACAGAGGUAUAGGUAUGACAAAGGAAGAUUUGAUAAAGAACUUGGGAACCAUAGCUAAAUCUGGAACUUCAGCUUUUGUGGAGAAAAUGCAGACAGGCGGUGACCUUAAUUUGAUUGGGCAGUUUGGUGUCGGCUUUUACUCAGUUUAUCUUGUUGCAGACUACGUAGAAGUCAUUAGCAAGCACAAUGAUGACAAACAGUAUGUAUGGGAGUCGAAGGCUGAUGGAGCAUUUGCUAUUUCAGAGGACACAUGGAAUGAACCACUAGGGCGUGGAACUGAAAUCAGAUUGCACCUGAGAGAGGAAGCUGGGGAAUACUUGGAAGAAUCCAAGUUAAAGGAAUUGGUAAAGAAGUACUCUGAGUUUAUAAAUUUCCCAAUUUUUCUUUGGGCGAGCAAAGAGGUAGACGUAGAAGUUCCUGCUGAUGAAGAUGAUUCUAGUGACGAUGAUGAGAAAUCUGAAACCUCUUCGGAUGAUGAUGGAGAUGAUGAUGAUUCUGAAAAAGGGGAGGAAUCAGAUGAUGAAAAAAAACCGAAGACCAAGACAGUCAAAGAAACAACUUAUGAGUGGGAACUCUUGAAUGAUGUGAAAGCUAUAUGGUUACGAAGCCCCAAGGAGGUGACAGAUGAGGAGUAUGUAAAAUUCUACAAAUCCCUUGCAAAGGACUUUAGUGAUGAGAAGCCUUUAACAUGGAGUCACUUUAAUGCUGAAGGAGAUGUUGAGUUUAAGGCUGUACUUUUUGUACCUCCAAAAGCUCCUCAUGAUUUGUACGAGAGUUACUAUAAUGCCAAUAAGUCUAACCUGAAGCUUUAUGUCAGACGGGUUUUCAUCUCUGAUGAAUUUGAUGAGCUUUUGCCUAAAUAUCUGAAUUUUUUGAAGGGUCUUGUUGAUUCUGAUACCUUGCCUCUAAAUGUCUCAAGAGAAAUGCUUCAGCAGCAUAGCAGUUUAAAGACCAUAAAGAAAAAGCUCAUUAGGAAGGCCCUUGAUAUGAUUCGUAAGAUUGCUGAUGAAGAUCCUGAUGAAUCUAAUGACAAAGAGAAGAAUGAUGUUGAGGAAUCCAACGAAAACAACGAGAAGAAAGGCCAAUAUACAAAGUUUUGGAAUGAGUUCGGCAAAUCAAUAAAACUUGGAAUAAUUGAGGAUGCAGCAAACAGAAACCGCCUUGCCAAACUUCUUCGCUUUGAGAGCACAAAGUCGAAUGGGAAACUAACUUCACUUGAUCAGUACAUUAAACGAAUGAAAUCUGGCCAGAAGGAUAUCUUCUACCUAACAGGAUUGAGCAAGGAACAGUUGGAGAAAUCCCCGUUCUUGGAGAGACUGAUUAAGAAAAAUUAUGAGGUUAUUUUCUUUACGGAUCCCGUAGAUGAAUACCUCAUGCAAUACCUAAUGGAUUAUGAAGACAAGAAGUUCCAGAAUGUGUCUAAGGAGGGUUUAAAACUUGGAAAGGAUUCCAAAGUGAAGGAACUGAAGGAGGCUUUUAAGGAAUUGACCAAAUGGUGGAAGGGCAUACUUGCUAGCGAGAAUGUGGAUGAUGUGAAAAUAAGCAACCGUCUGGCUGACAGUCCUUGUGUAGUUGUAACAUCAAAAUAUGGUUGGAGCUCGAAUAUGGAAAGAAUCAUGCAGUCUCAAACUCUAGCAGAUGCAAACAAGCAAGCAUACAUGCGUGGCAAAAGGGUUCUUGAAAUUAACCCGAGGCACCCAAUCAUCAAGGAGCUUCAGGCAAGAGUUGCGAAGGACCCUAAGGAUACGAGCGUAAAGCAGACAGCUGAGCUCGUGUACCAAACAGCAUUGAUGGAGAGUGGCUUUGUUCUCAGUGACCCCAAGGAUUUUGCAUCCCGCAUAUAUGGCUCUGUGAAGAACAGUCUUAAAAUUAGUCCUGAUGCUAUGCCAGAGGAGGAGGAGGAGGUUGAGGAAACCAAAGCUGAGUCUAGUGUGCAAGAUGAUAGUGCCAAAGAGGAUGACAAAGAUGUCAAGGAUGAGUUGUAGACUGCUGCAUCUUUGUACUAUCUAUCGUAAUCAGAAUUCUGCCUUUUGUUUACGUUCCCUCUUAGUCCUUCAAAUAGAGUACCCCCAAAAAGUUGCAGUACAUGCAAGCUCGAUGUGAGGUUAUGGAGAAGAUGGAUGAUUUUAGAGUAUUAAAUUAGUUGAUAGGUUUCUGUUUCCUAACUUCCAGAUAAUUAUGUUUUGUAUUGAAGAUCAUCUGACUUGUUACUUGUUAUAUAAAAUUGUGGCCAUUUUUGUA